AUGGGCCAGAUGGCAGGCAACCUUGGCUGGCGGCUCAGCCUAUUGCUGCUUUCCUUGCUCCUGGUGCGAGCUGGUGUCUGGGGAUUUCCAAGGCCCCCAGGAAAGCCCCCCCUGAACCUUCAGGAGCUGCGGAGGGAGUUCACAGUCAGCCUGCAUCUUGCCAGGAAGCUCCUCUCCGAGGUUCGGGGCCAGGCCCACCGCUUUGCUGAAUCUCACCUGCCGGGAGUGAGCCUGGACCUGCUGCCGCUGGGAGAGCAGCUCCCCAACGUUUCCCUGACCUUCCAGGCCUGGCGCAACCUCUCUGACCCAGAAAGACUCUGCUUCCUCUCCAGGACACUUCGGCCCUUCCAUGCCCUGCUGGGAGGGCUGGGGAGCCAGGGGGGCUGGACCAGCUCUGAGAGGACGCGGCUGUGGGCCAUGAGGCUGGACCUCCGGGAUCUGCAGCAUCAUCUCCGCUUCCAGGUGCUGGCUGCAGGAUCCAACCUCCCUGAGGAGGAAGAGGAGGAGGAGGAGGAGGAGGAUGAGGAGGGGAAGGGGCUGCUCCCAGGGCCCUGGAGCGGCCCUGCCAAGGUGUUGGUGCAGGUGUCCUGGCCCCAGCUCCUCUACACCUACCAGCUGCUGCACUCCUUGGAGCUCGUCUUGGCUCGGGCCGUGCGGGACUUGCUGCUGCUGUCCAAGCCUGGGCACACAGUCCAGGCCUUGGGGAUCCCCAUCCCUGGCUCCCAGCCCUGA